AUGUAUGCUACUCGUCUCCCCGCGAUGGAGAAGUAUGGUGUCGCCCCGAAUGGAGAGACUGUGACGGAGGACUUGAAGACCAAGAUUCCACCGCACAUUCGCUGGCAGGCCGAGAACUACAACCAUCUUCAUGAGCAGCCAACGGUCUUUUAUGCCGUUGCGCUCUCUCUGGCCCUGAUUGGCGACAGCCACCCAUACACCGUGUAUGCGGCAUGGGGAUACACUGGCCUUCGUAUCAUCCACUCGCUCAUCCACGCGACGGUCAACAAAGUGAUGGCGCGCUUCAGUGUCUUCGGUACCAGCUCUGUGGUCGUUGCUGGUUUGACGGCUCGUUUGGCCCAGCUGGUCUUCUAG